CAGAGAUGAGGGGCGGGGGGAACAUGUGAGGCCAAGUGGUGGGACGGCGGAGUUUUCUCGCAGUGUCCCAACCUCCGCGGUGCCAGUUUUUGUUUUGUAAUCAUCAUGAUCUGCUGCGUUUUGGCGCUCGGAUUGUUUUCGUCCGCGCUGGGCAGACAUCUGCAGGAGGGAAACGGCUUGUCCCUUGUCAGGAGACUCCAUGGGGAGCCUGGUGAUGCUGAGGAGCGACAUGGUGUGGAGAGGAGGAAGCUGUCGAGGCGCAGCGCAGGACUGAAUGAACAGACAUGCACGGCUUUGCGUGGAAUGGAAUCAGCGCUGCAAAACAACACCAGCACUUUUACGUUCAGAGUGCGAUCAGUGGGGUCACUCUCGCUCGCCUGGGUGGGAGACGGAUCAGGGGUGCUCCUGGUGCUGACAACAUUUCAGGUGCCGUUGUUCCUGAUGCGAUUCGCCCAGUCUAACCUCUACAGGAGUGAAGACUACGGGAAGACUUUCAAAGAUGUGACUCAUGUGAUCAACCACACUUUUAUUCAGACGGAGUUUGGCAUUGUCAUCAGUCCGGAUCAUUCAGGGAAGGUGAUCCUGACUGGUGAUGUGUCUCACUUCGGCGGGUUCCGUCUUUUUCGCUCGCGGGACUUUGGCCUGACCUUUGAACCAACGGACCUACCGUUUGUGCCCCUCAUUCAGAUGCUAUAUAACCCCGGGGACUGUAACACGCUUCUGACCCUUAGUAUAACGUUGGAUCUGUGGCUGUCUGAGGACUUUGGCGCCACCUGGAGGAAAAUACACAACAGUGUGUGUUUGGUCAGAUGGGGCCCAAGAAACAGCAUCUACUUUACAACCAACAACAAUGGAUCAUGCAAUAACAAAGGGAUGCUAGAUUUAAAGAAGACAGUCGACUACGGCAAAACGUUUCAUACAGUCGCAUCCAGAGUUUACUCCUUUGUCCUGGGAGGAAAAUUUGUCUUUUCCUCCAUCAUGACAGGAACGGGUACAGAGCGUGCGAUCCAUGUCUCGGUAGACGGAGGGGAGCACUGGAACAUUGCUCAGCUUCCUGCUGUCAACCAUCUGCAGUUUUACUCCAUCCUCGCAGCCAAUCAGGAUAUGAUCUUCAUGCAUGUGGAUGACCCUGGAGACUCUGGUGUUGGAACCAUCUAUGUGUCAGACGACAGAGGAACUAUAUUCUCCAAGUCCCUGGAGCGCCAUCUCUACACAACCACAGGAAGCGAGACAGAUUUCACCGCCAUUUCUUCCCUGAAGGGCGUCUACAUGACCAGCAUACGCACAGACGACCGUACGAUAGAGACAGUGAUCACCUAUGACCAGGGAGCCAAGUGGCAGCCACUGCGCAGACCUCAGAACAGCGACUGCGACUCUGAAACAUCCACCAACAGACCUAACAGGUGCAAACUUCACAUAUAUGCCUCGUACAGCACCGCCAUGAAGAUGAAUGUCCCUGUGCUGCCGCUCUCGCAGCCCAAUGCGGUGGGUCUUAUCCUGGCUCACGGCAGUGUUGGAGAGUCAGUGUCAGCUCUCACUCCUGACGUUUAUGUGUCUGAUGACGGGGGCUACUCGUGGCUGCAGGUUCUGAGGGGCCCCCAUCAUUAUGCUAUCCUGGACUCUGGAGGACUGCUGGUUGCGGUGGAGCACACCAACUCACCUCUCAACCAGAUAAAGUUUUCCACAGAUGAAGGACAAUGUUGGCAUACGUACAACUUCACCAGCGACCCUUUUCACUUCAGUGGCAUGGACAGUGAGCCCGGCUCUCGCUCCAUGAAUGUCAGCCUGUGGGGCUACAGGAACAACUACACUAAGUGGGUGGUGAUCACAGUAGACUUCAAGAAGCUCCUCACCAGAGACUGCAUUGAAAGAGACUAUGAAGAGUGGCUGGCUCACUCUGCAGACCCCAGUGGAUCCUAUGAUGGCUGCGUGAUGGGCUACAAAGAGACCUUUUUACGCCUGAAGAAAGAUUCAGUGUGCUGGAAUGGAAGAGACUUUGCGGUUACCAAGAAGCAGUCGCCCUGUCCAUGCUCAGUUUCAGAUUAUCACUGUGACUUUGGUUACUACCGGCCCGAGAACAGCUCAGAGUGUGUGGAGCAGGAGGAGAUGUUGGGCCGUGCUCUGGAGUUCUGUUUAAACGGGACCACUGAACAGCUUCAGACCAGUGGUUACCGGAAGAUUCCUGGGAACCAGUGUGAGGGAGGUUUCCAGCCGGACAGAAAGGAGGUUGACUUGAGGAGGUUGUGUGCCAGCGAUGCCCUUCAUCCCAAUUCUCUGACUGACACCAGUUCACCCAGCACUGCUGUCAUAGUGAUGGUUGUCAUGGCGAUCCUUCUGAUGAGUGCUGUCGCAGGCGUCUGGCUGGUGAAGAAGUACGUCUGUGGAGGACGGUUCCUCGUGCACCGAUACUCUGUCAUGAGGGAACAUGUGGAGGCCAACAAAAUAGAGGGAGUAGAUGAUGUUGACACAAACUACAUGGAAACAGAAAAAACACAGUUCAAUGAGGAUUCAGAUCAGGAUCUCUUGGAAUAAAAUUUGUCCACAGUUGAGGCUUUCACAAUAGCUGGGGAUUCCCGUUUUGACAUCUGCUUCUUUUUCCUCGCUGGAUGACCCCGCAGCAAGUGGUACUCAUACAUCGCGUAUCAGCUUUGGCUCCUUAAAAUAAUGGGAAAAAGUGUGUGACAGAGAAACGCCUUUUGGACUAACGGGUCUAUCAGGAAGUUUAAGGGAGUAACCAAGCAACAGAAAACAUAACAUAAGCAGCGUCUUGCAUUCAGAGCUGUUGCCUGCUGUUAUUUUAGUACUUUGUAAAUCUAAAACCUGCCAGAUAUGUUUCUUUGGCAUUCGGAGUCUGUUUGAAAAAGCAUUUACUCCGUUUGUCACCACCAAAUCGUUAAAAACUACUCACUUUUCUGGAGUUGCUUAAUUUUUAGAUGUUUGAGUGUUUUUCUUUUUAAUCAGAAACAACUCAUGGCAGUAUUGUUUUAUUUUAUCCUGACUUGUGGCUAUAUUUAGUCAUGUUUUUAUUUUUACAAUAGAGUUUUUCAUCCUUUACUGAUAGAAAAACAGAGCACAAUUUUUUUGUCUAUUUGCAGUUCACAUACAAACUCUUCAAGUGGCUCCAGUGACUUUUAAAUUCUAACCUAUAAGAUGUUUUUUUUUAAUAUGGUCAGAUUUUUGUUUCAAUUAAAUAAUAACAAAUGGCUAAACAAAAUAUGUUUAAAUUGUCUAAAUCUAUCAGUCAUUAGAACAUAUUUGAUUUUAUUAUUUUAAUUCAUAUAAACUAUUUUACAUUCACAAGUAACAUUAUACCAAAAGAUGUAAAGACAGUUUUUUUUUUCUCAAAAUAUUAAAUAUUUUAAUUAAAGGUUUUUCAUAAAUAACAAGAAUACACAAAAUCAAAUGGUACCCCUACCCACCCCACUGAAAGGACUAAAGACAGUUGCUUGUAAAAUGAAGAAAAUGCUCAUAUUCAAUUUUGGGGAACUUUUUGAAAACAUAUUUUCUCCAAAAAAGGUUCAACAAGGAUUUUAAACUUGUUCUCAUGGACAGUCCUCAAGUUUUUAUAAAUAUGUAAUAAUUAGUAAUUAUUUACUAAUGGCCACAAUACAAUAGCUUGUAAUAGUGUAAUUACAUGCUUUUUAAAGGUAGGUGACAGCUAACACAAUUGGAACUUCCAACUUUGAAAAUUUAACUAUGACUUCUAUCCAGAUUUGGCCAUUUAAGUGAGAUGUGGGUGCUGUGAAACGUAUGUUAUUGAGCCCUCCUUGUAUAACAUUUUAAUUCUGAAUGUGCUGAGACCCUGCCUUCAGUAUUUGUCUCUGUUAAAUAAGUAAAGGUAGAACGAUUGAACAUUUUUUUUUUUUAAGUGACAUUUUCAUCCAGCUAUUUUUAAAGGCAGCACCCUCUACGUUUAUUGGCAUCUUUUUCACGAAUAUUUAUGAAGUUUUAAAAUAAAUGUGUUUCAUUGCAGUAGCAUAAUCUCAUACUGAAAAUAAAAAAAUAACCCGUUUCCUCUAUUCAGUCAGGAGGAAAAAAUGUCACUGAAGCACCUUUUAAGAUAUAACUUACUUUACCUUAAAACUAAAUUACUUUUCUACGUUCAUUUGUGACGAAGUUUAAGAAACUCCAACUGAGGACCCAAGUUUCUAUCCUUUUUAUCAUACACAGUGAGGAUUAUGGUAAGGGAAGAAAAACAAUCUAAAAAGGUCACUGUUAGAGAACUGCAGCACAUUUUUCCAUGUGAGAUUACAAUUAUUUUAAGACUUUUUAUACAUCUUUACAUGGGGCAACAAUAAAUGUGGAGGGUACUGUAUGAUUUGAGAGUUUAUCCAUAUAAAUUUUGAAACUUCAUUACUGUGACAGUCCCUUGCAAAAAGGCUUUCAUACAAGAACAAAUAUUGCCAUUCGUGACCAUGCUAACCAGAGUUGUAGAGCCCGGAACAAUAAUGAAAAGGAUUAUUCUUUGUCCUAUUGUGUGAGGUGACAAUCUGAACUUAAAUGUUACCUUUACUUCAAGGAUGUAACGUGAUAGACUUUUUCUCCUCCCCUGUUUGCGCGGUGAAAAAGGAAAGACUUGAAUUGUUGCCAAAGCACUUUGAUUGUGAGUUUUGCUGAUGUUUCAUGUGAAGUUUUAAAGACUGAACCCAACAUUAGCCUAUUUAGCAUUUUAUGGGCAUAAAGGUGAUACUAACACAAACUUGAACUCACUUUUUUCCUAAUGGUGUCAAUACAGUUACUAAAAUUAUCAACAUAUUUUUGUAGAGACUUUGAUGUUAAAGAUGGGGAAAUACAAUAUCACCAAGGUUGUACUUUUUACAGUAAUAAUAAGUUGUAUUAACUUUUCUGCUGGCUCGUUAAAUAAGCUUUUACAGUGUUUUCAUUGAUUAACUGAGUUCUAUGUUUUUUACAUUAGACUGGUUACAUUUCUAUUAUCCACAUUGUAAGACCCAGGACAUUAGUCAAACACACAGGGUUCUAUAGUCAGUGCUUGUAUUCUCUAGCCGAGGCAAUAAUAUCCCAGUAAAUAAGCUAUGUAGUGUGUACUAAGCAGACCUAAUACUGAGGGAUUUUCUCAAAAACGGUUGGGUAUCUGCAAGCAAAUUUAAAUGCCCGAUACGUCCUAAUUUACUCAACUGUCAGUAAGAGUAAAGAGAGCUAUUUACUGGAUUGAAUUAAAUUUUUUGCACUGUAUCUUCAGAUCUGUGAAAGUUUUGAAAUGAUCUGUCAAUUUUGCAGGGCGAGAGGUGUGACCUGUUUCCCAUCUUGAUUUAAUUCAUGCUGGGAUGUUCAGUGAUCUCUAGGUUGAACUGAUCGGUGGUACAGAUGUUUUGUAACAAUUUUUUGCAUUUAUGCAUUAAAAGAAAUACACAAAUUUCA